AGGAUCCCGCUCUCGGAGCCAUACAUUCAAGGAAAUAUUUCCGCAGUGAACAUCUUCUUUCGAAGCACAGCCUAUGAGCGCCAUGAGCAACAGAAGCAGCUACAAACUGCUGAUUUGCUAUCGAAUAUUGCUGGAAGCAUGGGAUUGUUCCUCGGCAUGAGCACAGUGACUCUGCUCGAGAUUUUCAUUUAUUUGUUCAAAUCUGUCUGGGGUACGGUGAAUACGGAACGACAGAAGCAGUUCAUGGAAGCGAUGAUGGAAGAAGAGAACGAACGACGGCAGAGCCUCGGUUAUUGUGGAAGAACCGCAUCGAAAGGUAGUGUGAUGCUCUUGAAUAAGCUCAGACUCACAUGUCGUCCUGUCACUGCCAGAUCUUGGCAGGUAACACACACAAGAUCUAUGGGCACAAUAACCUACGUGAUAUUACGGGCAAAAAAGUCAGGCGCUACACGUAGCCUGUUUGCAAGGAACACGGCCAGGGCUAUAGUCCUCAUCCGAGCACGCACCCAUCCAACGCCCAGCUUUCCACAAGCGAAGAACCAGCUGAUGAUGGCGCUGGGCAUUCUCACAAACGACCUUCGCGAAGAAUUUCUGUUGUACCCCUCCACAUUCACAUGGACAAAAGAGGAAGCACCAAUGUGA